CGGUAGAUCUGAAUGGCCGUGUGUAUUGAGGAGGUUUAAAGCGACCUGGGGGAGAUCGGCCCAAACCGAACCUCUACAUCUAAUUCCCUCUCUCCUCCCAGGUAAUUUACCAACCACACUAACGACUUGCAAUGCCUGAUGUUCAUGGUGUCCUCAUUAUCGCCCGCAACGGUGACCGCACGGAGUUUUACCAAGAUCCGUAUACCUACGAACCCUCUUACACCGAGUCCACACCUCUCGGCGCUGUAGAAUCACACCAGCUUGGCUGCUAUUUGAGAUCGACGUACCUCAACCCCUCUUCCCCGUCGCACAUUCAAGGCAUUCGUGCUGACCUCGUGCAGAACGAUCAAGUGCUUGUCCAUGCCAAGGCUGGUGGAGAAGGCACCGCAGUCUUUGAUAGUGCCAUAGCCGUCCUGCAAGGCCUCUUCCCGCCGAAUUCUGACAACCUGAUCCACCUCGCCAACGGAUCGGAAAUUGUCACUCCACUCGGGGGUUACCAGUACAUUCCAGUCGAAAUGGCCCCGAGCAACGUUGACCGCGCGCUCGAGUCCUGGACUGAGUGUCCGGCAUUCGAGCAGCACAUCAAGAGCGUGUAUGCGUCCGAGGGAUUCAGGGAGACAGUGAAAUCUUCAGGACCUUUCUUUGGCGCCGUUCGUGACUACGUAUUCGGGAGGUCUACGGCCUUGGAAAACGCUUGGAAUAUCUAUGACUUCAUUAACGCGCAACUUACGCACAACCAAACCUAUGCGUACCGUCUUCCGCCAACUUUCAUUGAGCAGGCCCACGGAUAUGCCAACUACCACGAAAACGCGAUCUUCUCGGAUAAGGAAACUGGUGGAAUUGGAAAUAUUGCUGGUCGUACUAUUCUUAACACCAUUCUUCACACCCUUCAACGCAUCACUUUUGAUGAGGACCCCUUGAGGUUGCUUCUCCUUGAGACGAGUUACCAGCCAUUCAUCUCGCUAUUCCACAUGUUGGAGUUGGUCAAUGAGCACCCUCAGCUCGCUGCUAUUCCAAACCAUGCAUCUGCCCUUGCCUUUGAGAUUCUUCGUGGACCUCCACCUGAACUCCGCGAAUUCCUCCGCAUCAGGUUCAAGAACGGGACCAACGAGGAAUUCCAGACUUAUCCUGUUUUCGGUCACCAAGGAGACAUAGCGGUAACAGAAUUCUUGUAUCGCCUUGAAAACUUUGCUAUCUCGAGCCAAAAACAAUGGGAAUCUGCGUGUGGAAUCCAUAGCGGCUACUUCGGCAUCACGUCUGCUACUGAGAGCAUGAACGUGCUGUUCGCUGCAUUCUCAGUAUUCUUGCUCCUUGGCAUGUUUGUUCUGUCAUGGUUCAAGCGCAGGCGGGACACAUAUGUUCCUGUUCGUGAAGUGCAUGUUGUUAACAACGAGAAGGGGAGACUUUUGCCAUGAGUUUGGUGUGAGGCGAAUAGGUGAUAUAGGCGUGGUUUUCUUGUAUCAUGUUGUUUGAGUAGCGUUGCAUUUGUUUAGGUCAACAGUCUUUGUUUACUUGGACUACGUUUCUUAACAAUUUAGAACCCCUACCAGAGGUGUCUGCAUGUGUGUCGCUACGCGCGUAGUAGACAAACGAUUUGAUAGAGAUGGUCUGAAGAACUGAGAAGCCAUUCGAACGUGGCCACGUGUACCGUCGCGUCUCACUAAACAUUCAAUAUCGAUUGAAUC